GACACACGUAGUAUAUAACGAGUGAUACAGCAUAACUGACUGUUAGUCGACGUUCAUCACUUUAAUAUAAUACAUCACAAAAUCUGUGCUUGAGAUACAUCAGAUUAAAGCAGAUUUGUAUUUUCUACAAGAUUUACACAAACAUGGCUGCAAAGAAAGAAGAAACCAAUAUGGACCAACUUUUCGAAGAAAUGAAGAGCAUUGCUGUUGAACAGCAACAAUGCUUCUAUGAACUUCUGCCUGACUGUACAAUAUAUGAAAAAUCUGAUAUUAAUCCAAGAAAGGACGAACAUAAAUACCUGAAACAGAAUAUUGGAUAUGCAUUGUUUGGACCACCAACGAAAAAUGAGGAGGAAAUGAAAAAAGAAGAAAAUAGUAUAGUAGCUUGCUAUGGCAAAACAAAAGAUCCAAAUAAUACAGAAGCAGAUAUAACUGAUGCAGUGGGUUAUGAUGAAAAAGCCGAAAACGCUAUAAGAAAGAUAUAUGAGAAGAUAUGUGAGUGUUUAAAUAUAACAGAUGAUUCGUUUGAACCAAUUUAUUUUGGUGUCAUUUAUAAUGUAAUAGUUUAUUUUAAUAGCAAUGUAAGUAAAGGAAAAAAUAAAAAAGGAAAAAAAGAAGUAAAAGAGGAAACAAAAAAAGAAACUGAAGCAGAAGUAAAAAAAGAAGUAAAAGAAGAAGAGGUAUCGGUAGUACCUGUUCCUAUUUUUAAGAUUUUUAAAAGUAAGAAAAGCACCCAAGAGACAGUUGAUAAGGCGAAGAAGCCUAUAUUAACCAAGAGUGAAGAUUGUGAAACACUAUAUAUUGACUCCAAUGCCAGAGUCUAUGAAAGUUGGUCGGACUAUGUAGAAAAUAAUACUCUACAAGAAUGUACUAUGGUGCUUCCAAAAGAUGGUUUUUACCAACCAAACCCAGACUAUCCUAUUGAGGAGGAUUAUUCGACAGUUUGGAUCGAAAUCAUGGAUUCUCCUGCAUGUACAACGAGCAAGAAAGUUUUGACGAGUGUAGAUCUUGUCUCCACUGCAGUUGGAAUUGGCGCACUUGGCUUGAGUAUCGCAGGGCUUUUCACACCUCUUGCGCCUGUUGCAAGUAUUUCUCUUGCUGGUGCUGCUACUGCGAGUGGUGCUUGGUCAAUUUUUCGGAACACCCAAGAAUUAGUGGAUCGCUAUAACCACAAGGAAUCUAUUUAUAUUCUGGACAAAGAAGCAUUCCCAUGUUGGCUCGGUUUAACUGGUUCAGUGACUGGUUUAGGAGCGGUUGGAGGAACGGUGGUUCUAUCCAAAGCUGCUGCAAACGGCGCUACGAUACCUUCCGCUGCGAAAGUAGUAUUUAAUACCGUGCAAGGCAGUAAUAUCUUCUUGAAUGGUGUCGGUGUUGUAUAUAUGAGUUACAGUAUGUACGAGAAGUACAUGGAAGAGCAGACUUUCAGUUACUUAGAUGCGUUAAAUUUGGCGACGCACAUCAUGUUCUUCGCCAGCUCCGUGGUGAACGUUAAAUUUGCUAAUGACAUUAUUAGGGAUAGCCAGGGUAGAGUCAUCGAUGACUACAAGAAAACUCGACGCAGUAAGAAUCUUCGUAAGAAAUUCAAUCGUGCCGCGCGAAGGGCUGCCGAGAACAAUACGUCUAAGAUAGCCGAAAAUGCGGAAGUGAUACACUUUAUACGAAAUCGUCAAGACUUCUUGUCUUUCGACCAGGCUCGUGGUAGUCAGAUGUUCGAUAAGACUUCGCAUAAUACCGUAUGGUCAUUCGACGGAGGUAAAAUAAUGAUUGGUAAUAUCGAAUUGUUAAAUCCUAUAGAUUUUGCUUUGCUUCUUAUUUCAAGUAUACGUUCAGAAUCCGAUCAGAGUGAUCCGUCCGAUGACUCUCAAGAUGAUUCUAAUAACUUUAAGCUACUGAAACAAUCUGUUUGGAAAUACUGUAAAGCAAACUUGAAACAGUGGGGGAUAAAGACACGUCGUCGCAUGCAAAGCGAAUCUGGCUCUUACAUUAUGCAAAAGAUUAUUAAUGUUGUUUCUGAAGCAACAGGUAUGAUAUUCGAUCAAUUAGCUACUGCUGCUUUUAUGUAUGCGGAAGCUAAUUUAUACAUACAUUGAAUGUAAAUCGUAAUGUAAAAAAAGACAAUAUAGAAAUAAGGCGCAUAAUAAUUCGUAUAUUCGUAUUUCUAGCAUUAAGACGAGAUUAUUGCAAAAAAAUUUAUAUUUUGAUACGCAUCACUGAUUAAUAAUAUUUUACUUUA